UUAAAAUUUAAUUUUAAUGGGAAAAUUAGACCCAUUAUAACUACUAUCCCUACUUUAUCCUCUAAACUAAAUCUGAUAAGGAAAGUUAAACUCUUGAGUGUUUAUAUUAAUUGUAUUCCUAAAUAUAAGGAUUACAUUUUCUUGAUUAAUUUCAUUAGAAGGAUUAAGGUUAAUGCUACAACACAAAGAGAACAAAACAACAAACUACUAAAGCCAAUGUAAAUGAUAAACAUGAUAUCAAAGCUUUUUCCUCAGCAGAUAAUUUCAUAUCUAUCUAAGGUGAAUUUCUUCCAUCACCAGUAUGAAACCUAACUGAAGAUCAUCCUGGUACUCAGAUGGAUUUGGUGAUUGAAUGACAUGCAUGUGGCCACCUUUCUGUUUUUGCUUCGAUUAGCGCUACGUUUCAUGGGCAUUGCAUGUUUAGUGGUGACAAUUUUAAACACGAAUUAAUAAAAUACAUAAAUACUUAACCUAUAUUAAAUUGAAUAAUACAAUUUAAAAUGAAAAAUAUAUUUAUGUUAUUUAAAUCCAGGAUAAUAAAUAAAAUUCAUUUAUAAACCAGUAAAUUAAAAUUAAAUGAUGGGCUAGGGUGAAAUUAACCCAAAUGACACUACACAUAGAUAAGAGUGUCUGCUUCCCGCCACUUUGAGAUCCUAUUUAACGGUAGGAUUCUAUUAAAUCCCGUCUUCAGCCUUCUCCCAAAAAUAAACACAUUCAGAUGUCCCGCUACUUCUUCCUCAAUCUUCUCAACAGAGCCACCUCUCUGUCUCACCUAACCCAAAUCCACGCUCAGCUCCUCAUCCACGGUCUCCACACCGACAUUGCAGCUGCCACCAAACUUACCCACAAGUUCUUCGACUUCAACUCCACUUCCCACGCACGUUCCAUCUUCUUUUCCAUCCCAAAACCCGACAUUUUCCUCCUCAAUGUCCUCAUCAAGGGCUUCUCUGACAAUUUCCAGCCUUUGCAGGCUAUUUCGCUCUUUACCCAUUUGAGAACAAGGCCUGAUCUUCAUCCUGAUAACUUCACUUAUGCUUUUGUUAUUUCAGCUGCCACGAGUUUUGGGGAUGCGAGGGUUGGAUUGUUGCUGCAGGCGAAGGCUAUUGUUGAUGGUUUUGGUUCAGACUUAUAUGUUGGUUCUACUCUUGUCGAUAUGCACUUUAAACUCUUUAGGGAAGAUUCAGCGCUCAAGGUGUUCGAUAGGUUGUCUAAUAGAGAUACUGUUUUGUGUAAUACGGUAAUUUCUGGUUUGGUGAGGGUAUGUUGUUAUGAGGAUUCCGUCAGACGUUUCUGGGAUAUGGUUUCAGGUGACGGCCCCCAGUUUGAUUCAACUACACUGAUAGCAGUGUUGCCAGCUGUGGCAGAAUUACAGAAGUUGAGAUUAGGGAUGCAGAUUCAAUGCUUGGCAGUAAAGUUUGGCUUUCAUUCUCAUAUUUCUUUGCUUACGGGUUUGAUUUCAUUGUACUCCAAAUGUGGGAACGUUGAGAGAGCAAACCUUUUGUUUAGGGAUAUUGGCAGAAAAGAUUUGAUAUCUUGUAAUGCUAUGAUUUCAGGAUUUACUUACAAUGGAGAGAUAGAAUCUUCAGUGGGGUUGUUUAAAGAAUUGGUUGCUUCUGGAGAGAAGGUUAAUUCAAGCUCAAUUGUGGGAUUGAUUCCUGUAUAUUCUCCUUUUGGUCAUUUAUAUCUUACUAACUGCAUUCAUGGUUUUUGUGUGAAAUCUGGUACUGUUUCAAAUUCUUCUGUUUCAACUGCCUUGACCACAGUAUAUUGUAGAUUAAAUGAAAUGGAAUCAGCACGACAACUUUUUGAUGUAUCUUCAGAGAAAACUUUAGCUUCUUGGAAUGCCAUGAUAUCAGGUUAUACUCAAAAUGGUUUAACAGAAAGAGCAAUUUCUCUUUUUCAAGAAAUGCAGAUGUCUAAUGUCAGUCCAAAUUCUGUCACAGUUACAAGUAUUCUUUCCGCCUGUGCUCAACUUGGAGCCUUGAGUCUAGGAAAGUGGGUACAUGGUGUAGUUAAGAAUAAGAGCAUUGAGUCUAAUAUAUAUGUUUCAACUGCUUUAAUCGACAUGUAUGCAAAGUGUGGGAGCAUUUUAGAGGCUCGGCAAUUAUUUGAAUCAAUGCCUGAGAAGAAUGAGGUAACUUGGAAUGCCAUGAUUUCUGGAUACGGUAUCCAUGGCCAUGGGCAGGAAGCUCUAGAACUCUUUUAUGAGAUGUUGAAUUCUGGUAUUCCACCAACUAGAGUCACUUUUCUUUCUGCAUUGUAUGCUUGCAGUCAUGCUGGCUUAGUAAGAGAAGGCGAUAAAGUUUUCCAUUGCAUGGUCAAUGACUAUGGGUUUGAACCUUUACCUGAGCAUUAUGCAUGCAUGGUUGACAUCCUUGGGCGAGCAGGAAAAUUAGAGGUUGCUUUGCAGUUUAUCAAGAGAAUGCCAGUUGAACCAGGUCCACCUGUGUGGGGUGCAUUGCUUGGUGCUUGCAUGAUUCACAAGGACGCUAGCCUAGGCCGUGUGGCUUCACAACAGCUAUUUGAAUUGGACACGCAAAACAUGGGUUACUAUGUCUUAAUGUCAAACAUUUACUCCAGCGAGAAAAACUAUCCACAAGCUGCUUUAGUGAGACAAACAGCUAAGAGUAGAAAGCUGAUAAAGACUCCAGGCUGCACCUUAAUUGAGGUUGGCCAGGUUCCACAUGUCUUCACAUCUGGUGAUCAGUCCCAUCCACAAUCAAAAGCAAUCUAUGCGGGGCUUGAUAAUUUGACUGCAAAGAUGAAAGAGGCUGGAUUUCAGACAGAGACUGAUACUGCUUUGCAUGAUGUGGAGGUGGAAGAGAAGGAACUAAUGAUGAAGGUUCACAGUGAGAAGUUAGCUAUUGUUUUUGGCCUUAUCUCUACUGAACCUGGAACUGAAAUUAGGAUCAUUAAGAAUCUCAGGGUUUGUUUAGAUUGUCAUACAGCAACUAAAUUUAUAUCUAAGAUUACAGAGAGGGUUAUUGUGGUAAGAGAUGCCAAAAGGUUCCAUCAUUUCAAGGAUGGUGUGUGUUCCUGUGGAGACUAUUGGUGAAAAAUCCGUUGGUACAUUAUUAUGGUCCCCUGGUUUUCAUGACAAAUGGGUCUAUUCGAACCCAAAGCAGGGAGAAGAUUGAAGCCAAGAGAACAGACCAGAUAACAACAAUGGUAGGUGUCCUGUUUUGCCUUCCCAUCAGACCUUUCAGGAAUGGGUAGAGAUGGACAAUCACCCAGAAGGCAAAGAAGAGCUUCCCAAAUAAUGGUCCCCAUGAUUGGGAUCCAUUGUUUAUAGCAUCUGAGACUCCAGCAACAACUCCGACAAGGUUGAUGAUUAGGAUGGUAGUUGGAGGUAUCAGUAGGGUUGUCCAUUUAAAAGCAUAUAGUUCUCCAAACUCUUCAUCAUCGGUUGCCUUGGAUGUAACUGUGAAAUUCGUGUCAAUACCAGCUAAAACCUUCAGAAGACCUUGCACAACAGCAAAGAGGUGAGCUGAUACACCACCAAUGACC